CAAAGAGUUAGCAUUAUUAAGCAUAGAUAUUAAUAAUAAAAUUAAAACAAAUGAAAGUGGAAGUUAUUUACGAAUUAAAUAAGGAGUCAAAGGCAAGAAAAAUGUCACCAACAGCUGUUAUUUUUAUGAUGGUUGUGAUGCUGAUUGUUGCUGCUGGUGUCUAUGUUGCUGUUGAUGCUGCUCGACCGCAAUCAAUUGAAGCAGCUCGAGCUGAAGAAUUUCGACAAGUUUUACGACGAUUCUAUUUUAACAAAAAGGGAAUUGAAAUUCCAAUGAAAUUUGUGAGCGGAACCGAAGUAGUUAAAGAAACAGUUUUUUAUGCAUCAAUUUUUGUCAAAUUUCCGAUUGAUUUAAUCGAUAAUAAGAUUUUUGUUGGACGUAUUAUUGGCUUAAUUUCUUUUGAAAUUGAAGAUGCUUUUGAUCGAUCAUCAAAUGGAAAUAAAACUGUUAAAGUCGAGUUUAAUCAGCCAGCACGAAAAGCAUUUGAAGACAUCCUAGAAGUUGUGUAUUUGGUGGAAUUUUCCGAAGGAAAUUCAAAUUUCACUGACUUUGUGUUGCCGAUUAUGAAUCAAUUUGAUCGUAGUGCUGAGUUUUAUUAUGAUUUAUUAAAUCAAUUUAAACAGUUUGGAAACUUUACUGAAAAUAUUUAUGAAGAUAAUGAGAAGUACGAAAUUGUGGACGAGUCGAAAGAAGAAGAAUACGAGGAACAAGAACAACUUCAAAUUAAUCCCAAAGUUAGUUUAAUUGAAAUGUUGAAAAAUUAAUUUUUUUGUGUUUAAAAAAUUUCAAAAACUUCAGUUUUAUUAAAGUUUUGUGAGUUUUUACAUUUUUUCAAGUUUCA